AUCUUUUCAUGUCCAUUUGACAUUGAUAGUUGAUAUGUCACUUGCCUUGUUCAUGUCCUCUUUGACCCUUAAUUACUACUACUAGUACUACUACACCCUCACCCCACCCCCCAACCCCUUUUCCCUUUUUUUUUCUCUUUUAAAAUCUUUUUUCUUUCAUCUUCAACUUUAUUAGUAGUAAUUAAAGAAGACAGAGCAAAUAAAAAUGGGAUCUUUAGGUGGUGAAGUAUCAGUAUCAGUAUCAUUAUUACAGAAGAAGAAACCAAUGUGGUUAUAUCCAAAGGUUAUGGGUGUUCAUCCUUCUGAGAGAUGGGGUCAUUCUUCUUGUAACUCUAAUGGAUUUGUCUAUGUUUUUGGGGGAUGUCGCGGGGGCUUACAUUUUAGUGAUGUACUUGUACUAAAUCUUGAGGCAAUGGCUUGGAGCAUUCUUGUGACAACAGGACAAGGACCGGGGCCAAGAGAUAGCCACAGUGCUGUUCUUGUUGGUCACAGGAUGGUGGUGUUUGGAGGUACAAAUGGCUCAAGGAAGGUCAAUGAUAUUCAUGUAUUGGAUGUCAGGAGCCAAGAAUGGACUCAACUCGAAUGUCAAGGCAAUCCACCUUCACCGCGUGAAAGUCACACGGCUACUCUUGUUGGUGGUGAUAAAUUAGUAAUCUUUGGUGGUAGUGGUGAAGGUGAGGCAAACUAUUUGAAUGAUUUACAUGUUUUGGACCUCAAAACUAUGAGGUGGUCUUCUCCUGAAGUGAGGGGUGAAAUGCCUGUUCCUAGGGAUAGCCACAGUGCUGUUGCGAUUGGUAAUAGGCUUUUUAUAUAUGGCGGAGAUUGUGGUGACCGAUAUCAAGGUGAUGUCGAUGUUCUUGAUAUGGAUACACUAAUGUGGUCAAAGCUGGAUGUUCUUGGACCGUCACCUGGUGCUCGAGCCGGUCAUGCCUCUGUGAAUUUUGGGUCAAAGGUAUAUGUGAUUGGUGGAGUUGGAGACAAGAAAUACUACAAUGAUGUUUGGGUUCUUGAUGUGAUAAAUUCUUCAUGGACUCAGCUUGAUGUGACGGGCCAAAAACCACAGGGGCGAUUUUCUCAUACUGCUGCUUCCCGGAACAUGGAUAUUGUAAUCUACGGAGGGUGUGGCGAGGAUGAGCGACCACUCAAUGAGCUACUUAUCUUACAGUUUGGAGUAGAAUAUCCUAAUGGGACUAGCAGCUUGUCUGGUGGCAGGGUUUCUGGGAAUACAAGUCAUUAUGAUAAGAAAAGAUUUCUGAGAGAAAGAGACAAUAGCUCGGAAGCUAUAUGUAGGGGAAAGAAGGAAGAUAUACAAACGAUGGGAUCUCAAGAACUUGAGUUCGUAUCAAAAGCAGCUUUUCGAUUUAGUUCUGACACAUUGCAUCCAAAGAGGAGAAGAAUGAGUCACAAUUCACACAUAUUUAAUCUGGAGUCAGAUCAAGAAGAAGAUCAGUCUCCUUCUCUGUCUCAACGUUGUUCUCCUCCGUCCCAAUCCGAUGUAGAAAUGAGUACUAUUAAGCAAGUCUCUGGUUCUGGAACUGCAUCAGAUCGGUUUCCUUUCGCAAGGCAGCAGCAUUUGAUCCCUAACAACUGCCAACCAAACCCGAGGAAUGUCAUAGCAAGGAAUCCUCAUGAUUUGCAACUAUUUCGAGAACAAUCAAAUCCGUCAAACUCAUCAGGACAUGUACCCGCCGCCGUUCUUAUGGAUAAGCAGGAAGUGCAAUGCCAAUCCUUAGAGCCUGGACGAUUCCACAACUUGAUUGGAGCUGAGAUCCGAGGAAAAGUCGAUGGAGCAUUUGACUCUGGUUAUCUAAUGACUGCGAUUGUUAAUGGAAAGAUCUUUCGAGGUGUCCUGUUUGCUCCGGCACCUGAUCUAGUCCCACGAGGACCCGUCCUUGGUCAGAAUCCUUCACCCUCUCCGGGACAUAUUGGUGUCAACUACGCGAAUCAUAUAAGUCUGGGAUGUCGAAGGCAACCUCAGCAGCAGCAGUUGGUGCAACUGCAAGUUCCAGAACUCGGACGACAGAGCAUAGGUAAAGUACCAAUUAGAAGAUCAACAUCAUCAGUGAUGAGAUCAUCUCAUCAACUAGACAAGGAUACACAGAAAAGAAGUGAACUUGAAGGAGUGGUGCUCACACUAGGAGGUCCAGGAUGUGGCAAUGCAAAAACUUAAAUUAAUGAUAACAACAGAGAAUUAGAAAAGUCUCAUGAGUGUGUGUUUUUGUACAUGCUAAUUAAGGUAGAUAUAUUAUUGGAUCCAUUUUCUAUGUAUUCCUUUCAAUCUAAUCUUGUUAGUAUUAGUUUAGUCUUGUAGUAAACCUCCUUUCAUCUAAAGCAGACAUGUAUCCUCUUUCUGUAAUUUCAAGCUAAGUUUUGCAAGGUGAAUAUUUCUUUUUUUUACCAACAA